GUUUAUAGAAUACUACAGAUAGCAUACGAUAUUGCAUGCCAUCUAAAGUAUUCUAUUAUCAAUGUGCGGUCUCCAUAUAUUUAAAAUUCAGUGAAGUGAAAGAUUUUAGGAUGGCAACUACGAAUUUAUGUACAUCCACAAUGGUCAGCUGUUGUUAAAACAUAAUAGAAUUAUUUUGCUUGCACCGCACAUUGUUUUUAUUUUACUUAGAAAUGGAUUUGGAUGAGAUUUUAAUUGAAGAAGUGCGUAAUCGUCCACUUCUAUACGAUCUGGGGCAUAGAGAUUAUAAAAAUUUGAAAAAAAAGAACUACGCUUGGAAGGAGGUUGCGGCGCACACGAAGAUGGGUGAACUGGAGUGCAAGAGAAAGUGGAAGAGCCUCCGUGACUCCUAUAAACGAGGUAAAAAAAUUGAGCAGAACGCUUCCGGAAGAGGCGCCGAAAUACCAAGAAAAACAUGGAAAUAUAUGGAAGCGAUAUCUUUUUUGGAUAAUGUGAAGAAUUCCAGGCGAACUAUUGACAGUUUAAAUGAAGAAGAGGAAUAUAUAAAAGAAAGUGAAGUGCUCGAAAUAGAAAAUAUGGAUUCAGCGAAUUUGUCAAUGUCGACAAGCGAAAGUUCCCAAAGUAUAUCUGUCUCUGAUGCACGCCGACAAAUGAAAAAGGACAAUGACAAAUUCCAAAAGUUUUUGGAUUUGGCGGGCGCAAGCAUUUCAGAAACUUGCGGGGCGUUUGUGUGUCAAGCACAAAAACAACACACUACCGCACUGCACUUUUCCACUUUAGCAGCGAAGAUUGUAGAAGCUGGUCUCCCGCCAUACGUUGUUAACCAAAUAGAGGCCAAAGUAUCGGCUUUGGUGUUUGGGGAAAUAAAUAAAUUUUAUUCAGCCAAUGAUAAAUAGACACACCUUUUAAGACUUAUAAGCGCUUGAAGUACUUUUUUUAUAAUUAUAUGUAUAUGUAUAUAAGUUCUAUUUUUUAAGGAGUUAACCACUGAAACUGAAUUAUUUUAUUUAACUUUUACAUACAGAGGUAGUCAAAAUUA